UAGGUUUGAAAUAACCUACAUUUUUAUUGGCUUUUCUCCAGGUAUAUUCAAUAUACCCGAGUAUAUUCCGUUUUGACAUACCACGAAUAAUGCAAAGCAACAGUCCAAUACAACUGACUAAGGUCUUGUCCAGUGCGACGAGUCUAGCGACUUCUGUGAUGGCUUCACUGAUUGGCCGCCAGGACACCUCCGCGAUCUCGUGCGGGUCUCACAUCGAGGCUUCAACGUCACUAUACUCUCUAAAAGAAGUGGCCGACCACUGUGACACAGAGUCCUGUUGGAUUGUCAUUCAUGACAAGGUGUAUGACGUCACUCAUUUCAUCCACGAGCAUCCCGGUGGCAUGGAGAUUUUGCUGGAGCACGCCGGAAGGGACGCGACCUUGGAUUUUGAGGAGAAAGGUCAUUCUCGUCAGGCUUACACAAUACUUCCGGGGUUCUGCAUUGGAGAACUCAUUCAGGCGGACAGACGAUACAAGUGUGUAGGUGACUGAAAAAGUGGAAGAAAAACGUGAAUCCAUUAGCCAUCCGCCUCUAACGACAUUUUCUACUUUGAUGUAGCUGGACUAGGCGUUCAACGACACUUCAACACGAAAAUGAAGGAAGAUCAGAAUUCCGCGGCUCACAAGUGGAUACUGCGUUAGAGAUAUUUAUCCAAUCAACAAAUGUGUUUUUUAAUGUUUAAUUUAUUCAUAUCAUCUAUAAAUAUAUGUUAUCGGUACGAUAUUUGGGUUAUGGAUUGAUAAGUUAUUGGUACUAUAUAGAAGUUAUGGAUUCUGGUAGCUACUCUUGUAGCAGAAAAGUAUUUGGCACAUUUGACUAUGUAGUGGAUCAGAGUACGUACAAAUGUACAAUUUGAUGAAGGUGACAGGGUUAGACUCGGAGUACAGACCUUCACUGUCCAUU